CGACCUUACAAAUCUUCUGGGUCGUUUAUUUAUUGACCUUCACUUGCAUGAAUGAUUAGUGUUCGUGAAUUGCUGAAACUUAGAGGCAGCAACAGACGAUUGUGGACUUUAAGUUGGAAUCAUAAAGGAUCUGUCUUGGUUUCCGGUGGGGAAGACAGAAUAAUCAAGUCAUGGGCUAAAUGUGACGAUGAAUCAUGGCUUAACAGUUUCUCUCUCCCUGAGGCACACAAAAGAUCAAUUAGAUGCAUAACAUGGUCGCCAUGUGGUAACUACAUAGCCUCAGCGAGUUUUGAUGGAACAGUAGCCAUUUGGAAAGUUUUCAAAGAGGCUUCAGGGCACGAAAUGGAGGCGCUUGUGACCUUAGAAGGGCAUACUAGCGAAGUCAAGUGUGUUGCUUGGUGCCCAUCCGGUCAUCUGAUAGCCACUUGCGGUCGAGAUAAAAGUGUCUGGUUGUGGGAAUUUGAUGACGAAGAGGAUGUUCAGUGUGUAAGCGUUCUGCAGCCCCAUUCACAGGAUGUGAAAUCAGUAGCCUGGCAUCCAGACGGUGAGGUUCUUGUUUCUACAAGUUAUGACAAUAAGAUAAAUGUGUAUAAAGAGGAACUUGAUGAUUGGGCUGUUUUUAUUCAGCUAACUGGACAUGACUCCACUGUGUGGAAAGCAGAGUUUUCUCCAUCUGGAGAUAUUUUAGCGAGCUGUAGUGAUGAUCGAUGUAUUAAACUUUGGGGAUGGGAAGGAGCUUGCAGUAAAUCAACUUCGUGGGUGUGUAUUGCUACAUUAACUGGUUAUCACAUACGUACAAUUUUCGAUUUAAACUGGUCAUCAGAUGGUCAACUCUUAGCCAGUUGUGGUUCUGAUAACAGAUUAUGCAUCUAUAAAAUGCCAUCUAGUGGUUUGAUUCAUAUUGGCGGGAAACCGUGUUUAGAAGAACCACCUGUUCUAUGGGGUUAUGUUCCGAAUGCUCAUUCAGAAGACGUAAACUGUGUACGUUGGCAACCUAGGGGUUUCAACAGCAAAAGUCAUAGCGAAGAUACAUCAGACAGUCAACUAAUUUUGACAACAGCCUCUGAUGAUGGAUAUAUCAAGUUUUGGUCAAUCAAGUGUGAUGAAUAAUACUGUUUCUUUCACUCACCAGACGAUUGUGUUUAUUUGUAAUUGUACUAUUUUAUGAACAAUUAUCUGUACAUAUAAUUUUUACUUUUAUAGUCUUUAAAAUUGGUCUUAUUUUCAUUAUAGAUUCAAUACACAUGGUGAUUUUCA